AACAGCGACGAGAAAAACAAAAAAAAUAAAACAACUGCGACAACGAUACAAAAGGCCGGUUCUUUCCUUCUUCCUCCACGUUCUCCCCCUCCUCCCUCUUCCUCUGAAAAUUACUUUCUUCUUCUCGUCUACCGUUGUAACUCUCCUUUCUUCUUCUUUUCCUUUCCUUUCUUCUCUGCUGAUUUUUCUUCCUCUAUUCUUAAAUUCCCGAAAAACAGUCUGUUAUUGUACUAUAUUUGAUAAAGAACCCAAGAAACAGCUCAGAGAAAUCAGAAAUACAAGGGCGACCAUCUUUAUUGUAGGAAUCAAUGGAGCAGCUUGUAAACUUUAUCAUACGGCCACCCAGAGCUGAAUACAGUCCUAACAAUGAUCUUUUAGAUCAGGAGUUCAUGCUGAAAGGGAAAUGGUAUCAAAGGAAGGAUAUAGAGGUUAAAAAUGGUCGAGGAGAUAUUCUUCAGUGUAGCCACUAUCUGCCCCUUGUAAGUCCUGAAGAAAAGGCUUUGCCUUGUGUAAUAUACUGCCAUGGAAACAGUGGAUGCAGGGCUGAUGCCAGUGAAGCUGCUAUCAUCUUAUUACCUUCAAACAUUACAGUUUUCACCCUCGAUUUUGCAGGCUCUGGACUCUCUGGUGGAGAGCAUGUUUCUCUUGGGUGGCAUGAAAAGGAUGAUCUGAGGGCUGUAGUCGAUUAUUUACGCGCAGAUGGAAAUGUCUCUUUUAUUGGUUUAUGGGGCCGUUCAAUGGGUGCAGUUACUAGCCUCAUGUAUGGAGCUGAGGAUCCCUCAAUUGCAGGAAUGGUUCUUGAUAGUCCAUUCUCUGAUUUGGUUGACUUGAUGAUGGAACUUGUUGACACUUACAAAUUCCGUUUGCCAAAGUUCACUGUCAAAUUUGCAAUUCAAUACAUGCGGAAAGUUAUCCAGAAGAAGGCAAAGUUUGAUAUAAUGGACCUGAACACGAUAAAGGUGGCAAAAUCUUGCUUCGUUCCAGUUUUAUUUGGGCAUGCCAUUGAUGAUGAUUUCAUUCGUCCCCAUCAUUCAGAGCGUAUAUAUGAAGCUUAUGUAGGAGACAAAAAUAUUAUUAAGUUUGAGGGAGAUCACAACUCUCCGCGCCCACAGUUUUACUUUGUCAUAAAUAUCUUCUUCCACAAUGUCCCUUCUGAUAACCCAUCCAAAGAAAGUCCAUCAGAAGCCAAGGACAGACAUAGUGAUGAUGAUAGUGAUGGCUCAUCGUCCAAAAUGAUUAGUUUUGAAUUAUCCAAUGGCCAUCCCUAUGACCCUCAUGUUCCAACAGCAGUUGAUGAUGAUCAAUAUGUAGAAUAUCAACUGGAUGACUUGACUGGUUUUCCAUGCAGUGCAGAGGAGGAAGAAAGGAUGCUCAUGGAAGCUGUCAUUGAAUCGUUGAAGGACUUGGAGAUGCGAUGUCCUAAGGCAGAAGAAAAACAACCAAGUAGUAGCAACAAUUGUCCGGAGUCUGCAGAAAAAGACGAGCAGAAUGCCUCAAUGAUAUCAGAAAGCUCUGGCCCUCCAAGUUCAGAAUGUACUUCAACACCGGUAGACAAUUGCUCUUCCCAAAAGGAAGAUUGCUGUUCAAGGACUGACUCUACUUCAACUCCAGUAGACAAUGAUUUACCCCCAUUGAGAGAUUCCAUUGCCAUUUCAGCAAUCACUGACCAUAAUUUGGCGCCUGAGCCUGCAUUCCAGGAUACAUCUAUAUCGUCAGCUGUUGCUGCACUUGACAGUCAAUCUCCUCUGGAAUCAGCAAGCACGGUGACCUCCACUAGCGGUGAUACCUUGGCAAGCAUGCAGGGAGCAACAGAUGUCCAGGAUAUGUCAGCAAAUACCAAAGCGACGGUUACAGUUGUAAGGAACCCGGCAAACCAUAUUAUGGAUGGUUUGAUGCGUCGUUGGGAUCUUAACUUCUUUCGAAACAGAUAAGAUUCAGAUUAUUCGAGUUUGAACAGACUGAUGAUGAAUUGUUUUGUAAGUAAGAUAGCCUCAGGGAUUGUAGCUUUGUAAAGUACUUGAAUGAAAAGAGAAGGGGGAGGAGAAACAAGAACAUAAGCAAAAGAAUGGAUUAUGUGAAUGUGUUUGAGAAAGUGAUUAUAUUGGCUUUUCAUUUUAGUCACAGAAGAUUUUCAUUUAUUGUUUUUGUUUGAAGUAAUGUAAUGACAAUUUGAACUUUGAUAAUGGAAAAGUCAUUCAGUGUCA